AUGCUUCGUUUUUGCCCACCGUUUGCCAGCACAACACUAACAAAUCUCCAUUCUCAGUACCCCACGAUCGAGCCCGAGUGGGUUCCGGUCCAACCCCUGCCGAUGUACGCAAUGGCGGGGCCCUCACACGUCGUCAGUGGCGAUGUCCAUUGCCCCCAGCAGAUGCUGCCGGCUGGGGGUAGCUACUAUCAGGCAGCACUGCCCAUGGCGUACAGGCCCAUGUACGCGCACGAGGAGCCUGCAAUCCCUCACUACUCGCACUACGCCGUCCAGCCCCAAUACGGUGCCCUGGCGAUGUCAGAGCUGCCAGUCGCUGGUCCAAGCGCGCCGCAGGCUGGUACAAGCGGAGAUGUCGUAGCGAGGCUUGCGACCUCUAAACGGCGCCUGCGACUGAUCCCGCAUCAGCCAGCGGGCACCAGCGAGGGCUUCGAGGGUGAUACCCUCAACCACACAAAACUUACAUUAAGAAAGUCUGUUCACAGGAAGGCUCCUGCGAACAAGAACAUUCCUAAGGCUGUAAAGGCGAUGGCUAAGGGGAAGUCCCGCACGAAGGCUCCAGCGCCGGCGCCCAGAACGGGAGGAAAAAAGACGCCAUACCUCACCGCAAAGCACAAGUGCAUUGACUGUACGACGGGUUUCAAGCGCAAGGCAGAGUUGACCCGGCACAUGCAGUGGGGGAAGGCGCACAUUGAGAGGUCGCUCAGGUGUGAUCAGUGCGACAAGAAGUUCAGUCGACCGGACUCGCUGAGGAACCACAAGCGCAACGUUCACGAUUGA